GCACGCUUAGUAAUACCGCGACCAUCGUGCAAGCUGCUUUACAACGCUCCGAUUUACAAAUCAAAUGUAGAAGCAUUAACGAACGUCUGCCGUCGUGCCAAAAUGAGAAUUUCGUAACGGAGAUCGGCGAAUAGCAGAGAUGCCGACGGGAAUUUCCGCGUUGGCACCGACGGCCAACGGAGAUCUUUUCGCUCUCGAUCGAAAGGCUCCGACGGCUUUCACGAUCCUGCAGAAGGAUGGACUGAAUACUAAUCUUCCGCUUCUUCACGUGAACGGUAACAACGAGGAACCGGAAGAAAUGACUAAUUUCGAAAACGCGAAGAACGACUUGCUGAGUCGUAAACGGCUGAGCAGAUCGAACGAUCACCUGGUCCAAGCGAAUUUGCAAUCGAAUCAGGUGAACCCGUUGAAGAGAGAUGCUAGGAGCAGAAGCCAAGAUAGCUUGAAAUCCGUGGACAGGGUGCCAGCGAUCAAGCCGAGCAUGACCUUGUCCACGGAGGACUUCAACGAGGUUCUAAACGCGAAGCUAAAGAAGCUGCAGGACGAAGAGAAGGACAGGGAAGAGCGUAGGAGCGCGAAGAGAAAUCAAACGUGUCGUAAGAAGCCGUUUAUUACGACCGUGAAGAGCGGUGAAUUCUUAAUGCCGCCGCCGGAAGUGGCCGCGCUUCUUGGGAUCGCGAACGCCAACGAGAACGACGAGCCCGACGUUUGUCCUUUGCGUUCGAAGUUCAAAUCGGUCGCGGCGCUCGCCAAGAAACCGGAAGUACGUCACAACAGCCACAGUUCUCGGUGCACGGCAGCCCUCAAGGCCACCGUUGACUUCACCCUCGGAAUGAUGAACGCGACGGCCAUGGCUGCCUCGACCUUGGACGAUAAAGCCAACAUCGCCAAGAGAAAUGACUCGGUCGAUCAUGCGGUUCCUUUUGGGAAUCUUAUGUAUGACCGACGCGUCGUUCGUGGAAGCACGUACGCCACACCGCCAAUUCUUAUCGAUGGGGAACAAUCGAUAGCUGCGAGGCAGGCGGAAGCAAGGAGAAGGAAUUUAGCGAGGAAACGAGCACAGGCGCAAGCUACGAAAGCUCUGGUCGCCAGAGUUGGUUCCCCGCCGCCUGUUCCCGGCCGCAAACACGAGCCAGUGCAAACGGAAGUCUACCUUGAAGAGUUGUUUGAGAAACCGGAUGAGGUGGAAGUGGCGACGCAGACUGACUACUUCUUGGACAGGCCACCAACGCCGGCCGCUUGCCCGGAAAAAGUUGGCGAGGAUCGCUGCACGCAAAUCGAACCCGGUGACUUGUUCGAUUUCGACUACGAAGUGCAACCGAUACUCGAAGUUCUGGUUGGAAAGACGAUAGAACAAGGAUUGAUAGAGGUUCUCGAAGAAGAAGAGAUCGCUGCUUUGAAGGAACAGCAGAGGAAGUUCUUGGAGCUGCGCGCCGCGGAGAAAGCCGAGGAAAGACGGUUAGAAGAGCAAGAGAGGAGAAUAAGAGAAGAGAAGGAUCAACGAUUGAAACAACACGAGGAGGCGACGAGAGCUCAGAGAGAGACGGAAGAACGAGUAGCGGCGGCUACGCUUUUGACCGGAUACAUAGCUGAACUUCUUCCAGCGGUUCUGGAAGGAUUGAAAUUGUCCGGUUUCCUGUUGGACGAGAUCAAGGCCGAUGUCGAAGAAGGUUUCAUGCCUUGGCUGAUGAAGGAAGUUAAAAGGGAGAUGGGAAACAUGAUCGAAAGCAGAGAAUUACUCAUGGAAAUCAUCAGGGAAAUCCUGGAGAAUCGCGCGGAGACGUACAAGCGACUCGGCGAGGAAUACGAUGCGUCUAGGAGAAGGAAAUCGAUGGAUCACGUUGAGGACGGUGGCAUCGACCCGAAUUUCGUGAAUUACGAACCACCUGUUGUCGAGAACGCGGACCCAGUUUAGCGGAUCGACCAGACUAGCGAGAUUCCGAGUCGAGGGCUGACACGAACGACCGAUCAAGUGGAGGAGGUCGAAAUUCAGAAUUUUUUAAUAUUCGUGAAAGAUUCGCAAUAAUAGUCUUCACGAAAGAUACUUGAGAA